UUGAUGAUGAUGAUUUUGCUUCUACACAACCCCGUAACGACACACAUCAAAAGGGAGUUGUUCAAUCGAAUCUCCACCGUCUAAGAAACGUAGGCGGAUGUCCGUUGGGACUUCAUCAUCAAAGAAAGCAGAUCUGCAACCCGAAACAAUUCCAAUUUCCAACAUUGCUCCCCGUAGGAAGACGCCUAUUGUACAAACAACAAAGUCGGCUUCUCCAAUUGGGAAUGAACAAGUGCAUGUAAAUACCCCAUCUGUCCAGUUCCCGACAUCUGCCAAACAAGACGAGUUGUGUCUCAUGAGGCAAGAAAUUGAUGAAUUUAAGAAGUCGGUGAAGGAUGAGUUCAAUGUUCUCCACAAAUUGAUCAAUGACAACUUGACAACGAUUCUUCAAGCUAUUGAAGCAAUUAAAGGGAAUAAGGAUUCUGAAAAGGGAGCUGCCAGAGAAUCUACAUUUCAGCAACAUGAUAAUGGAAUACACAAUAAAUCACCGAUACAAAACGAGAGUUAUACGGCUCAUUUUCCAACACAGGGCCUAGUGGGAGAUGUUGGUGUGAACGAGGUUAAUUCUACUGGUGAUACAUUAAGGGAUUCAACACAGGAAAUUCAGGGACCAAGUGACAUUUUGGGAGAUUAUGUCGAACCAGAGCCUUUUGGAUCACAAAUCCCUAUCAAGACAAAUUUGAUGUUAUCGUUGUUACUCUGCCGCCAUACCUAUCAACGAAGGAAGCAACAUAUUAGUUCAUAA